AUGGAAAGCUCAGUGGCAUUUACCAUUCGGGAGCAAUACCCCUCUAGCGGGUUGUCCAUCCUCAUUGCUGGAGGGGGCAUUGGUGGCCUCACGUUUGCGAUCGAGGCGUAUCGUAAAGGCCAUGAUGUCCGCAUCAUAGAGAAGCGCCCGAACUUUGAUGGUUACGGCGAUCUUCUAUUGAUAGAAUGCAACGCCCUUCACAGUAUCAAGAACUGGCCAGGGUUCUAUGAGCGAUUGCAGGCGAUCUCGUACAAGUCCCAGCGAAACGUCAAGAAGUUCGACGGGACAUGGGUGGGAGUUUGGCCACUAGGUGACGGAAAGGACCUGUCAAUGGCCUUCAACCGAUCUGAGCUCCACUCUGCAUUAUGGGAGUAUGUCCAGGAGCUAGGUAUUCGAGUGGACUUCUCAACUACCGUUGAAGACUACUUCGAAACUGAUGUGGAAGGUGGCGUGGUCCUUGCCGAUGGAAGCAUGCUUACGGCAGAUGUUGUCGUAGCUGCUGAUGGCGUCGGCUCCAAGGCAUGGUCGUUGGUCUUGGGAACGAAAGAUGUUCCCAUCAGCUCCGGAUUUGCCUGUUACAGAGCGACCUUUCCCGCUGGACCAGCACUCGACAAUCCAAUCAUUGCUAAAGAGUUUGAAGGCUACGUCGAUCGUGCCUCGAUUCAUGCGGGCCCUGGGGCACAUGUGGCCGUGGGAAAGACGUCAAGGCAGAUUUGCUACAUGUUGACACAUCGGGACGAUCACAAUGCGGAGGAAGACUGGGAUAAAACUGUGUCUACUGAGAAGGCUUUGACAUACAUUGAAGGAUGGGAACCCUUUUUGACUGAGCUGAUUAAAGCUACUCCCAACAACUGCUGUACGGACUGGAAGCUGUUGUGGCGCAAUCCUCAACCGAAAUGGGCCUCACCUAAGGCUCGAGUCAUUCAGCUUGGUGAUUCUGCUCACUCCUUCUUGCCAACGUCUGGUAGUGGAGCGGCAAUGGCCAUGGAAGACGCGUACUCUUUGGCAACGUGCUUGCAAUUGGGCGGCAAGUCUAAUUUCGCCUUGGCUGUGCGAGUUCAUAACCACCUGAGGUUCGAACGCGUGUCGUGCGCCCAGAAAAUGGGAUUCCACCACAGGGAGAAAUUCCAUAACACCGACUGGGAUGCAGUAGCGAAGAAUCCGGAUACUUUUAGCAAGACUACUGCUGACUGGAUUAUGCGCCAUAACCCAGAGCAAUACGCCUAUGAUAACUACGGAAAAUGUGCGAAUCAUCUUUUGACCCGGGCUCCCUUCCAGAACACCAACGUACCUCCGGGCUACACCUACAAGCCGUGGACUGUGAAGGAGCUCAUGGACGCUUCAGACAGACAUGAGCCGGUGGUUGAUGAAGGUGAUUGGUCCUGA